AGUAACGUGAACUAGUAGGAAACAUCACUCAGUCAGUGUGAGGAGGAAAGGUGCGAGAGAUAAAGAACUCAGGCAGGUUUGCGACGCAUAAAUGUUUUAAUAUACCAUACCGCGAGCACGAAAUAGUCAAUAAAGCUCAAAUACUAGCUUUAUUUUGUUUUGUUUCAAUUUAGACCGGACUUUAUGAGUUCAGGCAAAAAGCUCGUGCUCUGGCUGCUAAGUUAGCUGCUGUAAGUUAGCUCGUGGGAUAAAGCCAGAAAUAACUAAACGCAAGUCUCGUGCCAGAUAACCGUUAUUAGAUCAUCGCGAGACCCUCAGUCUGGAGUUUUGUUUUGUUUUGUUUUCGUUGCUUGGAUGGACUUCCCUUUGAUGUACGUACGUACUGUUGACACACCACCCAUAGUAUAACUAGUUUAUCUUGAGUUUUAGUAGUGGUUUACGUUUGGCAAUUCAAAUGAUGAUAAAGCAGGAGUGUGUAUAGGUGCUGUCUUGAGAUGUGGCCUGCGUUUGUUUGACGAUCAUGGGAGGAUGCGUGGGGCGCGAGCGCGCGGAGUCACGCGGAGCGAGGACGCAGAGGAAACGUGGAGGUCGCAACGAGCCCCUGAAGAAAGACAAGCUGAAGUGGAAGAGCGAUUACCCAAUGACGGAGGGGCAGCUGCGCAGUAAGAGAGAUGAGUUCUGGGACACGGCUCCGGCGUUUGAGGGCCGCAAGGAGAUCUGGGACGCCCUAAAAGCUGCCGCUGUGGCCCUGGAGUGUAGCGAUCACGAGCUGGCUCAGGCUAUAGUGGACGGAGCCAACAUUACGUUACCACAUGGAUCCCUGACCGAGUGUUACGAUGAACUCGGAAACCGUUACCAGCUCCCGGUUUAUUGCCUGGCCCCGCCUGUCAAUCUGAUAUCAGAAAGAAGCGAUGAAGACCUGUCGGAUAACCCUGAGCCCCAGACGGCACAGAAGAAAGAGUUCCAGCUGAAGGUUCGGCUCUCCACCGGCAAAGACCUGCGCCUGAACGCCAGCAUGACGGACUCCAUCGGCCAGCUAAAGAAGCAACUGCAAGCUCAGGAGGACAUUGACCUGGCCCACCAGCGCUGGUUCUUCUCCGGAAAACUCCUGACAGACAAGACCCGCCUGCAGGACACCAAGAUCCAGAAGGACUUUGUUAUCCAGGUCAUCGUGAACCAACUGACACCAAACCAAUGAAACAAAGAGAUUAACGACCAACCGUAAAAUACGUUUUACGAGCAACUUGAUUUUGUGGGUCGAGUCGUCUGGAGAAACGAAUAAACUAUUAUAAACGGAUUAUGAAUUAUUGUUUGGAAAUAAACCAACCGAACGGAUCGCAUCUCUGCUAACUUCAGCAGAAGUGCCAAACUGAAUUUAAUUGCGAGACUAUGCAUAUGCUGAAAAGUACCAACAUGAUCCUCUGAAAGUGAGAAGAUAAUCGAACUUGAGCUUCAUUUUGCACACUUUGAGUAUCUUAGACUAGUUGUGCCUUGAAAGAAGAGUUAUUUUGCUUACGAGGCAUGUUUCAGUGCACACACACACAUGCUUUGUAUUUUCUGACGUCUUUGAGCACAACCCAGUACUUUCUAUGCAAUCUUAAAACAGUUUCAGACUGAUAUCAUUAUAUAGCUAAUCCACAUUUCGGACACGUUUGCUAGGGGCCAGUGACGCUCAAAAGGCUCACUGUGUAAAUCUAGAGCACAAAGACACGUGCUAUACAUCUUCAUCUCCUGGCACUGCACAGUCUCCGUGCCCUGUAGAGGAGAGGAACUCGCAAACGGGAAAAUCGGACACACCAUCACUUUAAUGGCUGUCUGACUUCCUCUUUUAUAGAGAUGUUAUGCUGUAAGCGCUCAGGCUGCAAUCAGAGAAUAUUGCUACUAUUUUGAGAGAUUAUAUUAUAUACUAUUUCAAUCUUUACCUUGCUUUUUUUACUUGCUUUUUACUGAUUCUUAACGCUUUAUCAAGCAUUGCUUUAAGAUUUCAAGCCUGCUUAAUGCUCACAUUCAUUCAUUUAGGUUUCAAAACGUUUACUAAAGGUCUUCUGCUCCUGGUUAUUUCCCAUGUGACACUGCGUGCCCCACACCGGUUAGAAACAGCUCAUUACCUCAGCGGCAACUGUUCCUCAUUAGCACUGGUGUGUUCGUUAUAUGUCUCUCUUCUGCUCAUGAGUCUUCUGUUGUUUUGUUGGUGUACAAUAACCUUCAUGCUUGAGUUAAAUCACAUUAAGUUACGUUUUUUUUCCCUCUCCAAAUUGCGGCAUUUUGCGUUCGAGGAAUAUUCCAGGUUAACUACUAGUUAUGCUUUUACUGUAUAGUAAACUAUCACUUGCAAUGCAAGUCUAUGUGGCGUUUUCUUUGGUGAUCGACAAUAUGCAGUAGCUUAAAGGGUGUGUAUAUGUGUGUAUUCUGUCAUUUACUCACUCUUAUGUUCUACACCCGUAUGACUGACUGACUUCUGUGACACAAAGAAGAUCUUUUGAAAAUGUUGGUCACACAAGCCAUAAUUAUGACAAAAAGAAGAGAAUUCAGGCAAAAAGUUUGACGUAUGGCAUCUCAAUUUUGACUUAAUAUGCUAUAAUUUUCAUCUCAUAAUUGUCCAAAUUGAGUCACAAGUUGACAUUUGUCCGAAUUUUACAUUUUGACUGAUAAUCUAGCUUUUUUAUCUCAAUUACGACAUGAAACAACUCACUUACGACAUCUAAAUUUUGACUUAGUAUCUCAUACAUUUUUGUCAGAUUUCUCGAUUUGGAUUGAUAAUUUAGCUUUUUAUAUCAGUUAUGACAUGUGAAACAUAUCUUAAUUAUUUGAAUUAUCUAAAUUUUGACUUGAAUUUUUACUAUCUCAUAAUUGUCAAAAUUGAGUCACUGUCAGAAAUUUUAAAUCUAGCUUUUAUAUCUCAAUUAUAACUUGAAACAACUCAAUUAUUUCACUUAUGACAUACAUUUUGACUUAGUAUGCCUUUGAGGUAUGGCAUCUCAAUUUUGACUUAAUAUGCUAUAAUUUUUAUUAUCUCAUAAUUGUAAAAAUUGAGACACAAGUUGACAUUUGUCUAAAUUUUGACUGAGAAUCUAGCUUUAUCUCAAUUAUGACAUGAAACAACUCAAUUAUGUCACUUAUGGCAUCUAAAUUUUGACUUAGUAUGCCAUAAUUUUUUAUCUCAUAAUUGUCCAAAUUUGACAUUUUUGUCAGAAUUCUCGAUUUGGAUUGAGUAUUUAGCUUUUUAUAUCAGUUAUGACAUUUCUCAAUUAUUUGAAUUAUCUAAAUUUUGACUUUUAUUUUUACUAUCUCAUAAUUGUCAAAAUUGAGUCACUGUCAGAAAUUUUAAAUUUUGACUGAUAAUCUAGCUUUUUUAUCCCAAUUAUAACAUGAAACAACUCAAUUAUUUCACUUAUGACAAAAAUUUUGACUUAGUAUGCCUUUGAGGUAUGGCAUCUCAAUUUUGACUUAAUAUGCUAUAAUUUUUAUUAUCUCAUAAUUGUAAAAAUUCAGUCACAAGUUAACAUUUGUCUGAAUUUUAAAUUUUGACUAAGAAUCUAGCUUUUUUAUCUCAAUUAUGACAUGAAACAACUCAAUUAUUUCAUUUAUGGCAUCUAAAUUUUGACUUAGUAUGCCAUAAUUUUUUACUAUCUCAUAAUUGUCCAAAUGUGACUUUUUGUUAAAAUUCUCGAUUUGGAUUGAUAAUUUAGCUUUUUAUCUUGGUUAUGACAUGUGAAACAUAUCUCAAUUAUUUGACUCAUCUAAAUUUUGACUUUGUAUUCCAUAAUUGACUUUGUAAUCUCAUAAUUGUCAAAAUUAAGUCAUAAAUUGACAUUUUUGCUAGAUCUCUUAAUUUCGACUGAUAACUUCGCUUUUUAUCUCAACUAUGACGUGAAAAACAUAACCUCUAAAUUAUUUGAAUUAUGACCUCUCCAAUCUGACUUAAUAUGCUAUAAUUUUUACUAUCUCAUAAUUGUCCAAAUUGAGUCAUACGUUGACUUUUUUUCAGAAUUCUCAAUUUUGACUGAUAAAUUAGAUUAUAUCAAUUAUCACAUGUGAAACAACAACUCAAUUAUUUGACUUGUAACAUCUCAAUUUUGACUUUUUUUUCAUAAUUUAACCUUUGUCAUAAUUAACUUUUGAUCAUAAAUUAUAUUUAUAAAAAAAAAAAAAUUCCAUAAAAUGAAAGUCCGUGGGUUCCCGUGUUUUUUGGACCCCAUUGACUGUCAUUAAAUGAACAAAAAACAUUGUUUAUAUAUUUUAUCUGUUGCUUAUAUCUAGUCACAGGUUUGGAACACAAGGGUGAGUAAAAUAUGACGCACUUCAUUUUUUGGUAAACCAAGCUCGAAUAUUCCCAGAAGUCCUUCGCAUCGUAACGCACACACACACCCUGUGGGAACAACGAGGUAUCAAAACCCUCCGAUCAUCAUUCAGGACGAAGAGUCACUCGGUACCUCAUAAUUUGUGCGUCGUUGAUUUACACGCUCUGAUAAGAAAGAAAGUGAUGUUGUGUACUCCACCCCUAGUGUUUUCCCAGGCUCGGAGCUGUGUGACCUCUGAAGGAAAGAGGUCAUUCCUCCUGGCCUUCGUCAGCACAAUCUGAAACCCUUAUGCUGUGACAACAUGUGCUGAUGCUGCUAAUGAUAUUUAUUCUCUCAUUGGCAUUCAUUUCGGGAAAACUGCUCUACUUUAGCUAGUAAUAUUCACAACAUUUAAUGGAAAUAGGCAAAGUAAGAAUAUAAUUAAAAUGGUCGACAGUACUGGUUUAAGUUUGUAUGUUGUGUUCUGAUUAUGAUAAGGGUAAUUUUUAUUAAGAGGGACAUUGCUGUUAUUUUUUUCUAGGCGACACAAUUCUGCAUUCAUACAGGCAAUGUUUCAGUAGUUGUUUUCUUCAUAUUGUUUGUUUUCUGUUUUAGUGGAUGUAUAACGUGUCUCAUGACGUGAGGUUUCCAGAUUUGACUGAGGAAGCCGUUAUGAGCCAUACUGUACAUGUGGAUCGCUCUCGCCACACUGUGUUGGACGUUUGUCUUUCAAACCGCAGAUUUCAAGAAGCCAUUACGCUUUACUCCAGCUUGCUGUGGGUAUGGGAGCCUGUUUCUGCCACAUAAGUCAACUUUAUGAAUAUGAAAUCAGUCGAAAUUGAGAUUCGAACAUAAUUUGGAGAUACAACGUCAUUAAGAAAAUUGUCGUGAGUAGCUCAAAAUGUAAACUUUUUCAUAAUUUUGCUUUUUAUCUCAUAAUUACUACUUUUAUGGAUUUAACCGUUAUCUCAUAUAUGUUCUUUGUCAGUUUUGACUUUUCUUCGUAAUUAUGAAGUAUCUCAUAACUGACGGAUUAUCUCAUAAUUAGGAGAUUUUAAUGUGACUAUCUCAUAAUUAUGAUUUGUAUUCUCUUAUGUGGCUGAAACAUGCUUGCACAUGUCCCACUUAUGUAAUACACGAACUUUCAUAAACCUUUAAAAAAGGAAUUCAUGUGAAUUUCAUCAUAGAUUAAUAUCUGUAUAUUAAGAGAUACAAUGUGUGAAAUGCUUCUACUUAAAUGUGCUUACGGCCUGUUUCACAAAAGUUAUGUAUAAUUUACAUGGUAAUCUGUUUUUCAGAUGUUUUAAUUGUCGAUUAAAACGACAGCUGUGAAAGCAAA